AUGGAAAUGAACAAGAAUGCUCUUGUUACUUGGCUUUCGAUACCACUUUGUCACCUGUUUUUCACUAAUCUGCUUAGACCAUAUAGUACAUCGGUUUGGAAGCGCAAUGAACGUGAACGCUAUCGAGUUCGAUGUGUGAACAACGGCUACGAGACGCUUCGCAAACACUUGCCAGUGUCAGAUGUAGAAAAACGCAUCUCUAAAGUCGACACAUUACGGCUGGCCAUUCGCUAUAUCAAACAUCUUGAAGCAGUUCUAAGCAAUGAAGAGCACAUAUUCAAGUGUCGUUGUUUUCACGGAUUCGCCGAAGAAUCAGAAGGUCACGUACAAAUCGACAUCAACGUAAGAGAUGUAAAUCAGCGAUCAAUCGAAAACCGAAUGGAUUGUUGA